UGCAGGAUAAAUAAAGCCUUGUCAAAUCAGCCAUGACGGAAUUCCGUGUCCAUGGGUUCAAAAACAAAAACAGAAAGUGAAGAGGCAUAAACGUUAGUAGGCUUUGAGUAUAGUACGAGUUUCUUUAUGGGUUCCGGCUCGUCCAAACGUGCAGUUUCACCGAAGUCUGCACAAAGCACGACGAACUCUCCGCAAACCGUGCAAGCGGAGGAAUUCACGGAGGACAACUCCCAACGAGUUGUGGUGGUGACUGGUUGUUCAUCCGGCAUUGGUCUGGCUCUAGCUGUGUUGCUCUCGCACGAUGCGGACAAACGAUUCAAGGUCUACGCGACUAUGCGAAACUUGGGGAAGAAAGAUGCUUUGCUGGAGAAAUGUUCUGGCGUAGUCGAAGACUUGUUGAAUAUCAAAGAGCUUGAUGUUUGCUCGGACGAGUCUGUCAAGGCUGUCGUUGCUGAAAUCGUCGAGAAAGAAGGCCGAAUUGAUGUCUUGGUAAAUAAUGCUGGCAUUGGUUUAUUUUGUGUCCCUGAAUGUGCGACCACUGACGCCAUUAACAAAGUAUUCGAACCAAACGUGUACGGCCUAAUGCGCAUGACAAAUGCCGUUAUACCGCAUAUGAAGAAACAGCGAGCAGGUCACGUGGUCAAUAUUGGAAGUGUACUGGGGGUUGUGGGAACGCCCUUUAGCGAGAUCUACUGCGCAUCAAAGUUCGCUGUUGAGGGUUAUGCGGAGGCUAUGGCGCCUGUACUUGGCAAGUUUAACAUCAAAACCACAAUCAUAGAACCAGGUCCCGUCGCCACUAACUUCGCGUCCAACGCCAAAGCCAUUCGGGAUGAGGUAGACAUCUCCGGCACAGACGAGCAAACCCAAGCGCUACUCAAAUCAGCGCUCACGAAGAUGUAUCACUCGCUUACUAAUUAUGGACAGACCCCUGAAGAAAUAGCGGAGCUCACAAAGAAGGCUUUGCUUCUGAAGCGGCCGCCGCUAAGACUACAGACCAAUAGCAAGUACAGACCUGACCAAGUCGCUGCGAAACUCUCGGAUCCCUCGGGCAAUAAGAUCGUGGAGUUGAGUACUAGCUACUUCUUUCCUGAACAGUAGAGUCAGUGGUACUGCCAGUGUGCAUAAGUAUAAACCCACUCACAUACUAUCACGAAGAUCGCAAUUUGAUUGGCUCCCGUACUCAAUAUCUAUUGAGCCAUAGAUAGUGAAUAGCGAAAAAGCCGGCCAAAAGCAGUUAUUUAUUACUGAUUUAUUAAAAUCGUAAUUUUUUCGAAGAUAA